CGGAAACCUGAUCGGUACCCCGCAUGCGCAAAUCUUACGUCACUUCCUCUCUUUGCCAGCAUUGCGACAUUCAAUAUAUUUGAAUGAUGCGCUUAGCGCCCAGUUAGCUUCUAGCAUUUCUCGACAGCUCUGCCUCAUUUUCGACUGCCCGGGACAUUUAAACAAUGGAUGUAUACAAGCAAAUUCAUGCUUUUCUCCUCAAUGGAGAGCUUCCCCCGACUGAAGACCUGCGCCGUAAAAUAAGGAGAAUGGCACCUAAUUACAAACUGAAGGAUGAAAAAAAUACAACUCUGUCAUAUAUACCCUAUAUAUAUGGUUUUAAAAGUUAAUUUCAAUUGAAGACAACAGACUCUUCUACACUGGCCCCAGUAUGCAGUGCAUGCGCUUGGUAGUCAUGUCAGAGGAGGAGAAGAAGUCAGUUCUGAUGGAAUGCCACAAUAACCCUGGUACCGGGAAUCACAAUGGUGUUAGAGGUACCCUCUUAAAUCCAAGACUGCAGCUGAGGUCUCUGCAAUCAUGACCUCUAAGUUAUACACGUUUGGCAUGGUCAGGAAAAUCAUCACUGACCAAGGAAAGGAGUUUGUGAACCAGCUCAACAACAGCAUUUUCAGCAUGCUGAAUAUUAAACAUGCUGUCUCCAGUGCGUAUCACCCCCAGACCAACGGGCAGGAUGAGAGGACCAACCAGAACAUCAAGCGUGCUCUCAGAAAGUAUGUUAACCAGAACCAUGAUGACUGGGAUGUACACCUUGCUGCUGUGGUGUAUGGCAUCAACACUGCAAAACAGCACUCCACCCGCCACAGUCCCUAUUUCCUGCUCUUCCACCGACAUCCACGUCUUCCUGCUGUGAUGAACGCCUGUCCCAUGGACGAUGAGUUUGAGGUUGCAAACCCUGAAGAGGACAUCGACACAAGAGUUGAGGAGAUGACAGUUCUGAAUGAAACGGUUCUUCGCAACAUUGAGAGGGCACAGGACACCCAGAAGAAGACCUUUGGAACACGGAAAAGGAAGCAGGUAAGACAGUGUGUUGUUCAAGCAGGUGAUGAUGUUCUUUUGUCAGGUGAUCCAAAGAGACGACGCAUUGGAGAUGCUUUACUGAGCCAACACCAAGGACCGUACACUGUGGCCAGCAUCACGCCAAAGGGGGUGGCUACUAUUGUGAAGGGAGCAACUUGCCAGAAGGUAAACGUGUCCAGGCUGAGGAACUACCACAGAUCAAAAAAUCCACCAACUGAGAGGAAGUUUCUCCUGGACCACUCAUAUGGGACUCCUGAAUGGCAGAUUGAUCAUCAGUAUGCCAGUCCAGGAGCAAAGUGGCAGAAAGACUUGGAACCUCUUCAGUCCAGUCUGCUCGAAUAUGUCUUGGACCAAAACCGACCUCCAGGAGAACUCCUCGUGAAGGAAGGCAACAUCUGCCUGACUCGGGAAGACUUUUGGAGCCUGGGUUUGGAACACUCCAUGGAAUCUACUAUUGGGAAUGCUUGUCUGAAGAUUGUGGGGGAAGCUGCACAAAGACAUGGAAAAGAUGUUCACAUUGCUGACCUCUACGUCGUGGCCACCUGGAAGGAUCCACAAGUCAACCUGCUUCGUUGCUUGCCGGACAACUUUAGGUCCAAGGACAUCCUACUUUUUCCAGCUUGGAGCAGGAGAGUAGCAGCCUUUAUUGACUCUGGAUCCUGGAUGGAGAAAACAGGAAGAGACCUUGAGUUCUUUCCCCAGCAGUGCAAUGGAAAUUGCUGCGGCAUCUUUAUGCUGAUGUAUGCUCUCUGCAUCAGCACCUCAUCUCCACUAUCUUUCACAGAGGAGGACAUGCCAGCAAUUCGCCUGUGGUGGUGUAUUCAGCUGAUGGAGAGAUUCUGCAUUGAGGGGCAUGGACAGAGAUUCGCCUUCUGGACAGAAGAAGCAUCCCUUCUCCUCCAGGGAACUCUCCAGCCUGUCUUCAGGGUACCAAAGGCAACCUCCUCCAAGCCUUCACCAAGUCUAAUCAGACAGGCUGACGCUGACAGGUGCCCUAUACUGGAGUUACCAGCAUGUGUCCUCAUCGACAUAUUGGAAGAGGUUGUUCUACACGAAGGGGAUACAGCCAUCUUCAAACUGGCUCUGGUGUGCUCCAUGUUCAGAGACCUUGUGUCUACUGAAUAUUUCAGAAGACGAGCACACUUCAAGUGGCUUCACAGCGUCUGCACAUGGAGCAGCUUCUCAGAAAAGUACAAAGAACAGUACUUUAACAUGUACACAAUUGAGAUCUGCCUUCAAUGUGGAGAUCAGUACAAACACUGCCCCCGAGGAUAUGUUGGCACAGGUAAAAGAGGACAACUACGGGCAUUUUAUUCGGAGGAGAUGCGCCCAGGCUACUGCAGCCACAUUUGCAUGCAACUGGACAACUAAUGUGUCUGCACUGUUCACACACACACACACACACACACACACACACACACACACACACACACACACACUGGUUUUAGUGAAAGGGUUCCCCAUUUGUGGUUUCCCCACAUGUUGGUUCGUGUUCUGAUACCUGUUUUCAUUUGUGACAGUUUUUGCUAACUCUUGUGUUAUUGGUUAUCACCGAUUUCUUUUUAUUGUUUAUUUAAUUUCUUUUGCCCUCUGUGGCCUGGCCACGGUGGAGUUCUUUGUUACUGCGUACUAGCCAAGAAGUCAUAAUGACCUGUGUUUGGUUUAAUGUUAUUUAAUUUAGUUCCUUAAAUUAUAUUUCUGAAAUAAAUCUGGGUUGUAACACAUCCUC